GGUGGAGGCGGCGGCGUCGGCGGCGGCGGCCGUUGCAGCGGCGUCGGCGGCGGUGCGAGCGGCGGGAGCCCGGGGCGGCGGCGCCCGAGGCCCCAUCCAGAGAGCCGGAGCUGUGCAUCGCGACUCACGGUGCGGACCGGACUGGGGCGCCGACGCGCGUGCUCGCGGCUUUGCCUUUUUCCACGGGAGGCGGGAGUGAGGAGUGAGGAGGAGGAAAGGAAAAAAAAAAGGCUCCGGGCCCAGGGGGCGGGGAAGGGGGGCCGGGCCUGAAUCCGGCGGGGAGGCCGAGCCGAGGCCGGACUGAGCGGCUCGCGCGCCCGUCCCCGGGGCUCGGCGGAGCGGACGCGGGCGGCGGGGGCGCACCGGGCGGGGGGGGCGGCGGCGGCGCCAUGGCUUCCGUGCAAGCGUCCCGCCGCCAGUGGUGCUACCUGUGCGACCUGCCCAAGAUGCCGUGGGCCAUGGUGUGGGACUUCAGCGAGGCCGUGUGCCGCGGGUGCGUGAAUUUCGAGGGCGCCGACCGCAUCGAGCUGCUCAUCGACGCCGCCCGCCAGCUCAAGCGCAGCCACGUGCUCCCCGAGGGCCGCUCGCCGGGACCCCCGGCCCUCAAGCACCCGACCUCCAAGGACCUGGCCCCGGCGGGCUCCCAGGGCUCGCAGCUGCCACCCCCGCAGGCCCAGGCGCAGCCAUCGGGCACGGGAGGCAGCGUCUCGGGCCCGGACCGCUAUGACAGGGCCGCUUCGUCGUCGAGCCGCUUGGCGCUGCCCUCGCCGGCUUUGGAGUACACCCUGGGGUCCCGGCUGGCCAACGGGCUGGGCCGCGACGAGGCGGUGGCGGAAGGGGCGCGCAGGGCUCUGCUUGGCUCCAUCCCCAGCCUGAUGCCCCCCGGGCUGCUGGCAGCUGCCGUGUCCGGCCUGGGAGGCCGAGCCCUGACCCUGGCACCUGGCUUAAGCCCGGCUCGUCCACUUUUCGGCUCCGAUUUCGAGAAGGAGAAGCAGCAGAGGAACGCGGACUGCUUGGCGGAACUGAACGAGGCCAUGCGCGGCCGGGCGGAGGAGUGGCACGGGCGUCCCAAGGCCGUGCGGGAGCAGCUGCUGGCGCUGUCCGCCUGCGCCCCUUUCAACGUGCGCUUCAAGAAGGACCACGGGCUGGUGGGCAGGGUGUUCGCCUUCGACGCCACGGCCCGCCCCCCGGGCUACGAGUUCGAGCUGAAGCUCUUCACCGAGUACCCCUGCGGCUCCGGCAACGUGUACGCGGGGGUCCUCGCCGUGGCUCGCCAGAUGUUUCACGAUGCUCUUCGGGAGCCGGGCAAGGCGCUGGCCUCGUCGGGCUUCAAGUACCUGGAAUACGAACGCCGCCACGGCUCAGGGGAGUGGCGCCAGUUGGGAGAGCUGCUUACGGACGGGGUCCGCAGCUUCCGAGAGCCUGCCCCCGCCGAGGCCCUGCCCCAGCAGUACCCGGAACCGACCCCAGCCGCUCUGUGUGGCCCACCGCCGCGAGCCCCAUCCCGGAACCUGGCGCCCACGCCACGCCGGCGCAAGGCGUCCCCUGAGCCCGAGGGCGAGUCCGCCGGCAAGAUGACCACGGAGGAGCAGCAGCAGCGGCACUGGGUGGCACCGGGUGGCCCGUACUCCGCAGACACACCUGGCGUGCCCUCACCCAUUGCUGCCCUCAAGAAUGUGGCCGAGGCCCUGGGCCACUCCCCCAAGGACCCGGGUGGGGGCGGAGGCCCUGUGCGCGCAGGGGGCGCCAGCCCCGCGGCUUCCUCCACGACCCAGCCGGCGACCCAGCAUCGCCUGGUGGCUCGCAAUGGAGAGGCGGAAGUCAGCCCCACGGCCGGGGCUGAGGCUGUCAGCGGGGGUGGCGGCGGCGGCGGCACGGGGGCGACCCCUGGAGCCCCCCUGUGCUGCACCCUGUGCCGAGAGAGGCUGGAAGACACCCACUUCGUGCAGUGUCCCUCGGUACCCGGACACAAGUUCUGCUUCCCUUGCUCCCGGGAGUUCAUCAAAGCACAGGGCCCGGCUGGAGAGGUGUACUGCCCCAGCGGAGACAAGUGUCCGCUGGUGGGGUCCUCUGUCCCCUGGGCCUUCAUGCAGGGCGAGAUCGCUACCAUCCUUGCCGGAGACAUCAAGGUCAAGAAGGAAAGGGACCCCUAGGCCGCCAGCGCCACCGGGCUAUUCCCCCCACCCCCCCCUUGGCCGCCCACCGCGGUGGCGGAUAAAUUAUUCCCUGCCCCACCCAACCCAGUACCGCCCUAACCUGUGUAUAGACCCUCCUCCCCUACCCGGAUGGAUCCCCUAGGGUAGAUGCAUUGUGGGUGGGGGGAGAGCUUGUGGCUCCUGUCAGAGCGGGUGUUUGGAGUUCCUGGGCCCCUCCGAUUCCCUUCUCCUUUCUUGGCUUGGCUCUUCUGCUGUUGGUAGUUGGGGGACAGGUACCCCGCUUGUCCUUGAGAAGCAGCGAUCUCCCGAGAACUCGCUCUUUAUAAACGAAGCAAAAGCAUUUUAUUGCCCCCCCUCCCACCCUUUUCCUCCUUCAAUAAACGGAAAGAUGGGUUGGGUUUUUCCCCCCCUCCCCUUCACGGUCCCUUUAGUUGAGUGAGAUGCUGCGCCCCCUUCGGGACUGGACGUGUCCUGCGAGAGAGAGGACUUCUGCUAUGUGACCACGAGGUGGCGCCCUUUGCCCAGCGGGCGACUGUUUGUAGUGUACGUUUGCUGUGCUCAUUAAAAGGUGUAGUCGA